AUGAGAAAUUUUCUUUUUCAAGUUAAAGACUUUUACAUUCAGCAAUUUCUCACUGUCAAAGGAAUAUGGAGGAAAUCUCUUGAACUCUCAAUAGGGUUUUUAAUUGUUGAAAACAUCUAGUUGUUAUCCUUGAUUACUCAAACCAUACCUGUCCUUAAUAAAGCCGAAUAUUUAGACUUCAUUCAUUAUAUUUUGAAUAUAUUUCGGUUUAAUAUUUCACUUAUAUUCAUAGAUUCUAUAGCGUCUUCGGAGAGUAUAUAGAGAUGCACAUUCUUUACAUGUUAAUAGGAUUCACACUGACCUUCUUAAUAUUCAUUUGUUUAGUAAUAUUGAUCUUAAAUACUUCAGUUAGAAUAAAUUAAAAUGGAUAAAUAAUUGAGAUGACUCUUGAAAUUGUAUUAUUUUACUAAAUUUAAUUUAGAACAGAUAAAAAGAUAUAGAGCAAAAUACUAUGAUCAAAUAAUUCAUUUCAGUUUACAUGCAAAUUUAUCACAUGCUAAUGAGAAUUCCUUUAUUGUAUUCUCACUUUCACAUUUUGAAUUACUAUCAAAAGACAAGUAUUAAUUGUGUAUAUUAGAUUCACUUAACUAGUUCUUGCUAUUUGGUGCUAGCAUUUCCAUGUUUUCAAUAGCACUUCAAUUGAUUUUCAGCUUAGUGAUUGAUUUGCAUUGUUUUGAAUUCAAGAUGAAAAAUCAAGAUUUCUUAGGAAGAUUUAAUUAAUAGAAAGUGCAUUUAGUAUUUGCAUUUUAGACAACCAUAGUCAUAUUAAUAGGAUUGGAAGUAAACACCGUAAUAGUUCAAGUCUUUUACCUUCUAUAUUUAUUGAUGAGUGUAUUUAUGAGUUAUCACCAACUUGUAUACGUAGAAGUCCAGAUUUCUCAAUUACAACUUCAUAUCUCAACCUAUUUGUUGAUUUACUAAAUAGCACUUUUGGUAGUUCAACUUAGUGAUGUGGUAGACAAGUUAAAUAUAUUGGGAUUCCUAUUGUUCUUCUAUCCCUUCAUAGCUUACAUUCUUAAAAUUCUAACUGAAAGAUAGAAAAUAUCCUAACUAAAAUCUUCAGGAAAUUCUUUAGAAAAAUAAAUUAGAUUUAUUUAUCAUUUAUUUAAAAAAUAGAUUAAACUAAAAAAAGAGCAGAGAUCCUUAGAUCCAAUGGAAUCACUAUUUAUGUACUCGUUCAUAACAAAUCACUUGAGGUAUUGUUCAUAGAAUCGAGAGAGAAAAUUAUAAAAAUAGAUAAAAAUGAAAUUCAAGUGUUUUUGUGAGGAAUUUUCAGAGAAGGAAAACUUUUAAUUUGAUUCAAUUACUUAAAUGAAGAUGUUUGCUAAAGAAUUAAUAUCGCAAACCUUAGAGGAUGAAAUUAUAGAAACUUCGAAUACAUAUUUAACUUUGAUUUACAUAUACUUUUUAGUUUAAGUGAAGAAAUUGCCUACUUAAGCAAUAUACGAAGUGAUUAGAUUGUCUAUACAAUCAUAAGUAUCUAUUAAUUUUAAUUUAAGGGAAUGGCACUUAAGGAGUAAGCAAUUAUUUAUAAAUUAAAAUAUGAUGCUUUGGAAGAGUUUGAUCAAUUAGUUAAAAAGAAUGAUCUAAAAAAUUAGAAAUACAUUUUCAAAAGAGUCUAUCAAUAUGAAGAAUCUCUCUCCAUAAUUAAAUAGAAUAUGUGCUUAAUUGCAAGACAAUUUAAGGUAAUAGAAUUUCUAUGAGACUUAGGAAUGGUAUGGAUUGAUACUGACAUCCAUAAUUGAUAUUGAUUAAUUGGUAACAAUUGGAUUUGAGAUUUUGAGUAAUAUUAAAGAUGUAGAGAAUCAAUUGCAGUAAGCAUUUACUAUAAAUCCACUAUCCAAUGAAUGUGAUACCAUCUAUAAUCUGUUCUCUAAAUAUAUAUAAUAUAACAAGAGUCGACCUAAAUUAUACCGAUUGGAAGGGAAAUUGGUGACAUAAUUUAUGCAAUCAAUCGAAAAAACAAUAUUUGAUCCCGGCAGUUGUGUUAUUUAAAUUACUUUAUUGUAACCCAGAGGAAAUGUACUAAGAUACACAAGAUCUUUUUAGUAGGCAAUUGGGUUUAAGGAUGAGGAGAUUAAAGAUUAGAAUAUACACAGAUUCAUGCCUCAAAUAAUUGCUGAUGAUCACGAUAUGUAUUUGGAUAAUUUUGUGGAGAGAGGGAGAAUUAUAGUGGUAAGAUCAGAGGUUAGAGUGAUAUUGGGUAAGAAUAAAGGCCAAUUUUUGGUUCCUAUUAAUACUAGAUUGAGAAUUGAAACAAGUCCAACUGAGUUUGGUGCUACUGCUUUAAUCACACCUGUGAAUCUGACAUUUGGAUAUAUGAUUUUGAAUGAGAAAGGAUAAAUUGAAGAGAUUACUUAAAAUAUUUUUGAGGAGAUGUUUUAAAAGCAUUUGGGAAUAUAAGUCUAAUAAAUAAGAGGACUGGAUUGCUUAUUUUUUGUACCUGAAUUGGCUAAAAUUUGGGAAGAGAUUUACGAUUAAAAUUUUGAUAAAUUAGAUAGAAAGUUUGAAUGUUAAUUCAUCAUUCCAUUAAUAAAUUAAAACAAAAGCAUGUCGCAAUCAUAAUUAUCAAAAAGUUUAUCCAAAUUAUAUUUUUAAAAAUAAAUUUAUAAGAAUUUUGAAAAUCAGCCUACUGAAAAUGUUAUUUUUCUUGUUUAAUUACAUGUUAUGAGUUUGGUUACUAUCAAUUUGAGGUACUAAUACAAUUCAAUUAUUUAGAUUAGUGAUUUUGGAAUUGUAAGAUUUUAGGUUGAUGCCCAAUUUAAAGAUUUCAAGUAAAUAAAUAAUAUAGUUAAGGGUGAGAACAUCAAAAUAAUUUAAUUUUUAAUAAUUUCAAAAUUCUACUAGUUAUAGAGAGAAUGCAAGUUUAUUAAAUUCUCCUUGGGUAAUAGACUGUGACUUAGAUCACGAUUUAUUGGAAGAGGAAGAGAGGAUGAUAUACGAAGUGAAAAAUUAAUUGGCUACAGUUAAUAUAACAAACACAACGCAUCAUUAAUAAGUUUAACUAAUAUAAUAUGCUGAUGAUGAAAAUUAGAAUGAAGAUGAAAGUCUUUAAGUUCAUAAUUAAAACGUUCCCAAAGAAGCUUAACCUUCAAUCAAGAUUGAUGAAAAGAAGAAGAAUUAAAUGAAUAAAGUUGAUAAUUAAAAUAAUAUGUCUAUAGGCAGUAGAUCAUCAUAAAACAAUCAGUCGUAACUAAAAAGAUAAAUGCGAGAUUGCUUAAGUGAAAAUUCAACAAUAAACAAAAAACAAGCCUUUGUAUUACUGACUUUUUAUGUAUCAAUAAUUGGAUCUUACAUUCUUAAUUGCCUACUUUUUUCUUCAAAUUACCAGAAGAUUUAGGAAAAUCAAUCCAGUCAGAAUCUGCCCUAUUAGUUAUCUUAUUUUUAUAAUGAAUUUGUGAUCUCUUCCUACUACUUAAAAUAUAGUUUACUAUUUCCAUUUUCAGAGUUGCAAUAAAUUAGUUUAGAUUUUUAUUAGAGUGAAAUAAAAAACAUAGAUGAUGCUUUGAAGAAUAUUCCAGAAAUAGUAGAAGUCAAUGUCGAUAAUUCACUUAGUUAAUAAUCAAUUAACAUUAUUUAACAGAUGAUAAUUCAGAAAAAUAAUUAAUAACUUAAUUACAAUGCGUUCUUGAAUAAUACUUAAUACUUUGAGAACAUUGUUUAUACUCUAUAUAAAGCAGAUACAACUCGAAACAUUACAAAUAUCCAGUAUAUGUAAAUCAUUUAUAAUAUUUAUGAAUAUUAUUUUUAGAGUUAUAGCUGAAGAAAUAGUUCUAGUGUUAUUUAUUUGUUGGUAUGCAUACAAGUGCAUCAUACUUAUACAGAUGAAAUAAAAAGUAUACAAAUUGUUUUGCACAUUCACUACUGAUGUGAUACAAGAGCAGUACGUAACGUUUUCUUCAUUGCAUUCUCUUAUGAACACAAUAAAAUUCAAAAAGGAAGAAACAAAUGAGGAAAAGUUUGAAUUGAUUAUGGGAUAAGCUUUUCAUAAAUAGACAAACAAUUCUAUUUUGGAGAAAUAUUAGAAAGUAGGAAAAAGAAUUAAAUAAAAAAGUAUUAGUUAAUACUAUAAUACAAUAGAAAAUAAUUCAACUCAAAUAAUCUUUUUCUUAUUUGUUUUGAUAAUGAUAAUAGUUUGUUCCAUAUACUUUAUAGGAAGCAACUUAUUGCAUUAAGCAACUAUAGAUAAGGUACUUAUCUAAUUCAAUGAUAAAAUUCUGUUUUAAUAGGCAUAUUAUGAGAUUACUUUAGCAUUUGCGUAAUCCUCUGUUUUCAUUUAAACCAAAAUCACCAGUGAUAUCUUAGCAAUUUAAAAUAGAACUGUUAGUGAAUUGAAUACCUUAAGAAAGAAAUUGUCGUUGUAUCAAUAGGAUUAAACUAUUUACAACAUUGUAACAAAAUCCGCUUGCAACAUUUUCAAUGAUUCACUGUAAAUACGCAAUAUAUUCAUAUCAUUAGAACAAGUCUUUAGUAAUACGAUGAUUUGUUUUCAUAUGAGCAAUGCAUGAGCUACCCCAUUUUAUAAGGAGGAUUAAGUGUAAUUUUUGCAGAUUUGUGUGAUUAACAAUUGAGAUUUUUGUAGGACCUAGAAAAUAAUGCCUCUUAGGAAUAUCUGUAGUAGAAUUAUUAUUCUGCCACAUCAUAAAUUGAACGUCUUUAUGAUUCUAUGGGCUUUUUUGUUAUUGUCUCAACUCUAACUAAUCAGAUUAAAAAAUCAGUGUAAGACAACAUCAAUUUAGAUAUAAUUUUGGUCGUGUUUUCUGCUGUGUUGAUGACUAUUUCUAUGAUAGUAAUGAUAAUAUCAAUGAGAAAUAUUCGAUCGCAUUAUUAAACAAGCAAAUAACUGCUGACUAUGGUUCCCUUAGAAAGGUUACUCGAAAAUGCUUAUAUUUUAAGCUUUAUUUAAUAAGAUAUUAAACUUCAAAAUUGA